AUGCCUCGUCAGCGUAACACACUACCCUACGUCUGCUUCGCACCAGAGGGCGAACUCCACAGUAAUUGCCAGAAUGAGCCUUUCACUAACGACGCCACUCACCAUGCAGACAAUCAGAGCAAGGUCUGGAUCGGCUACCGCAACGAACUGGACACCAGCUACAAUGGCCGCUUGACAUUCCGCCAAGUUCUCGCUCAGGCAAAAGCGAACCUAUCGCAAGCUAUGAACGCAAAGGCGAACAGCUCAAAGAGAGCUCAAUGGCUGGAGGCAUUUCCAGGGGUCGCUACCAAGGCCAGCAACCAAGCUCUACAGCAACUGCAACGUGGCAGACGUGCCCUCAAACAAGCAACCUGCCCGAAUGCUUUUUGUAAAGCACGUGGUGAGAUCUUGCAGAUGGAGUGGAUCGCUGUCGAAUCAAACUUUUCCAGCUCGACAAACGGGUUUCUCGUCGGAUACAUCUUCCAUCUACAAGGUCAAGAGAUGAUCACCAUCUGCCGCAAUUAUUACUUUGAUCUGUAUCGAUUCCAGAGGGAAGACGGUACCGUGUCCCCCGACAUGUUUCUACGCACUGUACGCUCUGAACCCAGCCCCCAGACUGAGGUUGAUGCUGGUCGCAGCGCACGUCGACGUUCCGACAGAUUGCAGGGUACCGGCGCCCUGGACGACGAAGAGGAUCCGGUGACCGGAUCCUCCACGGAUGAAAACUCCACCACUCCUCCCCAUACUGCCGUUGACUCUUCUGCUCAACCUUCUCCUAGUAUGUCGAUUGCGGAAUCUAGGCAGAGUCUGGAAGAUGACGCCAACGAUCAAGAGGAAGAAGCAGCACCAGCUCGCACUCUGAUCGGUCCACUAUCAGCCAAAGAUGAGUACCAGUGGAUGAUAUGCCAGAUCUGUCACACGUAUGGCGUACGCGUGCUCAGAUUGCCAGAAGUCACUACCCAUGUCAACACUCUGGAGCAGGCGGUCAGGGAAGACAACAGACUUGCUCUGUGUCAUGCCUUUGCAAGGAUCAUGACAAUCCUAGUUACCACUUCAGCACAUGUUACUGGUGACUUCUUGGAUGAGGAGUAUGAGACCAUGGUAUCGAGCGCCGUUGCUGAGUUUGGCAUGGACUUUUUGAGCAGGGCUGAAGGAACCAUCUUUAUGGAACGCAUGGGGGCAGCUAUGAUAGCAGGCCAGAGAGGACGCCUGGGUAUGGCGUAUGCUGCUCUGAGAGGAGCGAUGCUAGCCUAUGCAGGCCUGGUUUAG